CAAACGAUGAUCGUGGGAUACGACUGUGGUGGACUGGGUGUCCUGUAUUUUAGCUGCCAAUAACAGUCGCAAAAAUACCCAUUUAAUGUUGAAGACAAGUCAAUAAAAUAAAAAUUGCCAAAAUGUAUUUGGUUUAAUGAAACUUUCCCUAGUUAGAGACUUCACAGCUUUUUCCCCAACGGAUUAAAUUGUGAGAUUAUGUUAUCCAACAUAAAGACGUCUGCAGAAGAUGGCACAAAUACUGCUUUUAUGAUAACAUGCAAUUAAAAGUGACUUGUAGCCUUUAACCCACUGGUAAUACGUCAUGGCCUUUCAGAAUAACAAAGAUUCAAAUUUUGUCUUCUAAUGACGUGACUGCUGCACAGUCCUUGAAAGUGUGAUAUAAAAACAGCAGUGAGAAAAAACAAUUCAAAUGUGAACGGCUGCAAGGCGAACUGCAAGUGUUACAAUGAUCAGAGGAUGUUUUCGAUUCUCCUUAAUUGCCAGUGCUUCUUGUCAAAGGGGUGCAUUUCCCUCCGUGGACCAUCACUUCACAGUGUCCCCUCGUAGGAAUCAUUCAGAAACAAGUGAAUCACGUACUUCUUUGGAACCAACUCUGAAAUCGUACGAUGAGUUACCGGGUAACUGGAAAAACAAUUGGUUCAAUGCAUUUACUUUCUGGAGGAACAGUGAUAUCAAAAAUACCCACAAUCUCAUGUUAAAUAACUUCAAUAAGUAUGGUCCAAUUUACAGGGAAAGGAUUGGAUAUUACAACAGUGUAAAUAUUAUUAAUCCUGAAGAUGCUGCCAUUUUGUUCAGAGCAGAGGGUAUAUUUCCAGAGAGGUUGAAAAUGAGAGCUUGGAUGGCUUACAGAGACUUCAGGAAAGAAAAAUACGGAGUUCUGUUAAAAAGUGGGGAAGAUUGGAAAAAAAAUCGACUUAUUUUAAAUAAAGCAUUGUUUACACCCCAGAUCACCCAAAGGUUUGUGCCUCUUCUCAAUGAAGUGGCACUGGAUUUUGUGUCCAUGACAUACAAAGAGAUCGAGAAAAGCAGAAGGGGUAAAUGGACAGUUGAUCUCUCAAACGAUCUCUUCAAAUUCGCACUCGAAUCCAUCUGCCACAUACUGUAUGGUGAACGCCUCGAUAUACUGCAGGGCCAUCAAAAUGAUGCAUCGCAAAGGUUCAUCAACUCGAUUUCCAUGAUGUUCAAAUCCACAACGCCAAUGCUCUAUAUUCCACCAGGUCUAUUGAAGUCAAUCAACUCAAAGGUCUGGCAGGAACACAUAGGUUCUUGGGACAUCAUUUUUGCUCACGCUAAUAACUGUAUCCAGAAAACAUACAGGCAAUUCCGAAAGGGACUCAAAGAUGAUAGAGCAUACCCUGGUGUCCUAGCUGAUCUUCUGCUGCAGGACAUGCUUCCUCUUGAAGACAUCAGAGCCAGCAUUACAGAGAUCAUGACAGGCGCAGUCGACACUACAUCCACAACUCUACUGUGGACUAUGUACGAGCUGGCCAAAAAUCCCCACAUUCAGGAGAAUCUACGCAGUGAGGUUGUGGAGGCCAACGAGAAAGCAGGAGGAGACUCCCUGCAGAUGCUGAAACUGUUGCCACUCCUCAGAGCCACGCUGAAGGAAACACUCAGGCUUCAUCCAGUGGCUAUAACACUCCAACGAUACAUAAGUGAAGACAUCGUGUUGCAAAAUUAUCACAUACCAUCCGGGACGUUGGUGCAGCUGGGGUUGUACGCGAUGGGAAGGAACGCGGAGGUAUUUAGCGAUCCUGGGCGAUAUAACCCCGAAAGAUGGCUGACGCCGGGCAAGACCAACUUCAGAAAUCUGAGCUUCGGGUUUGGACCCCGCCAAUGCAUCGGGCGACGAAUCGCAGAGAUGGAAAUGUUGAUCUUCCUGAUUCACAUGCUCCAGAACUUUAAAAUCGAAACAAGCCGGACGACUGAUGUGAAAGCUACCUUUGACCUCAUUCUUAUCCCUGACAAACCCAUCAUCCUUGCUUUAAAGCCCAUCAAGUGAAGAGGAAAGGGACAUGUUUUUGUAAAAAAGGUUUUCCUUUCAUUAUUCCAAAGGAGAUCACUCAGUUGGGACAACUGCUGAUUGACCAGAGAUAUACUGAUGUUAGAUCUGCACAUCUACUUCUUAGCAAUUUAAUGAUGUUUAAGUGGCUACAUACCGACGGGGUGCCACAAUUUUUGUUCAAUGGAGACAAGGAUGGGGAAGCACAAUGAACAAACCGUUUCACAGGGAAAUUAAUUUAUUUGCCCCCUCCCCCUCAAUCUGUCCACAAAAUCCUGUUUGAAUACUUUGCCUUAAUAUUGCCACUUGGUGCUCCAAGUGUCAUGAAAUUUUAAACCCAUUCUGUAUAAAUGGGAUCAAGAUUUUGUUGCACUCUCCCCAGAGCACAGGUUCUCACCAAUUGACACCACCAAGCUGGCAGCAAUCUGGCAAACCAGUUUACAUGGGUAGGAAAGAACUGUAGGUGCUGGAUAUACACCGAAGAUAGGCACAAAAUGCUGGAGUAAUUCAGCGGGACAGGCAGCAUCUUUGAAGAGAAGGAAUGGGUGACGUUUCGGGUCUGAAGAAGGGGGUCGACCUGAAACGUCACCCAUUCCUUCUCUCCAGAAAUGCUGCCUGUCCCGCUGAGAUAUUCCAGCAUUUUGUGUCCAAACAAGUUUAUAUAUUGCAUAUAAUAAAAUUUUAAAGAACUGGUUUAUUCCAAAGAUAGACAAAAAAAACUAGUUUUCUCCACCACUCACCCUACCACAAUCAUCUUGAAGGGUCCCGACCUAAAACAUCACCUAUCUAUUUUCUCCAGAGAUGCUGCUUGCUUGACCCGCUGUGUUACUCCAGCAUUUUGUGUCUAUUUUUUAUAUAUUGUAUAUGCUUCUUUUCAGUAGACGUCAAAUAUAUUUGCAGUAUUUUAAAAAUAAACACCAACAGAAACAUUUCCUGCAUAUUAUUAGUCUAGAUUUCAACGCCAAGUGUUUUAAUGAGUAGCAAGAACUGUUCUGUGGUGAAUUUUAAUUAUCGUUCAGUUAUCAGCAAAUGGACACAUUUUCGAGGUCCCAAUGCGGAGAGAUGAGUGAAAAUCCAGGCUCUCACAUCUCAAAGUGUGGAGGGUGAGUUCUUGUGACAAAGGAGCUAUGCUGUGAACAAGAUGUUAAACCAAGGCCAUUUUUGCUCUUUCAAAUUAAUAAAAGGAACACCACAACAUUGCCGGAAAUUAUUCCCCAUUCGACUGGUCAACCAAGCAAUUUCAGUCAACCUUGACCAUCUUAUUGUCAUAGGUAGACAAUAAUGCUGGAGAAACUCGGUGGGUGAGGCAGCAUCUAUGGAGCGAAGGAAAUAGGUAACGUUUCGGGUGGAGACCCUUCUUCAGACCAAAGAUCCCAUAGCGAGCAAGAUGGUCCACUCGAUGAAAAUGACCUAGUACGGUCAUGGGCAAUUUUCGGCCCCAUUUCCGUAACCGGCUUCCGUCUCCGCACCAAAGAUCCCGUAGCGGAGCAACGAUAACUAGUGCGGAGACGGAAGCCGGUUACGGAAACAUCCUCGUAAAAAUAAAAGUUCUUUGGGAAAAAUCUUCUCCUCAUUUUCAGAAUUUUAAUUUAUUAACACAAACUGUUCCCCCGCAACGUUGAUUACACUGCGAGUCGGGUCGGGUU